GUAUUGGAAAUAUACUGUACGCAGCGAGAUGACUAAUAUAGUUGAAAUAUGAGUUAUGUAAACCAUAAGCAGAUUUGUUCCAACUCGUGGCAUUCGAUUUAGAGAACUGAUGUGAAUAAAGUGUUUCCUACAAUUACCGAGUUUUCUUUAAUACAUUACAUUUUGGCGACGAGGAUAAAGUAAAUUUGAUUAUUGGAAUAGUGGAAAGUGAAGAAGGACAAGAGGAGUUCAUAAGUGAGAGUUCAAAAGUGACAAAAGGAGUUCAAAAAUGACCACUCUUUCGGGAAUUGAGCAAUUCCAAUGCGAAGGUGAUCCACUAUCUCUAGGAUCUAGAUGGGAGAAAUGGAAAAGAGCGCUACAGAUCUAUCUUGCCGCAUCGGACAUAGCAGAACCAGCCAAAAAGAAAGCCAUCCUCUUACACUCGGGCGGCAUGGCAUUGCAAGAAAUAUUCUACAGUUUACCUGGAGCAGAUAUUGAUCCCACAGUGGAUGGCAACCAAGUCGUAGAUGUCUUCAAGUUAGCUUUACAAAAACUUGAUGAGUAUUUCUUACCUAAGCAAAGUAAGUUAUUUGAACGAUAUUCAUUUCGUUUGAUGAAGCAGGCAGAUGAUGAGAAAUUUGAUAAGUUUUUGGUGCGACUGAGACACCAAGCAUCGAAGUGUCACUUUAGUGAUAUGGAGGAACAUUUAAUCGACCAAAUAACUGAAAAAUGUAAAUCGAAAGAUCUGAGACGGAAAAUUUUAUCUCUAGGAGACAAUAUCAAACUAGAUGAUAUCAUAUUGGAAGCCAACGCCUUGGAAUCUGUGAAUCGGCAAAUGCAGAAAUUUGAAGAUGCUGAUAAAGCCACCCCUAGCACUAGCGACACAAUAAAUAAAUUGCAGAUUAAAAAUGACUUUCCUAGCGACUUGAAUAAUCUAAAAAAACAAGGUUGUUCUAGAUGUGGAAAUCUGCGGCACAAUUCACAGGAUCCAAGGUGUCCUGCUAGAGAUUCAACAUGCACAAAAUGUAAUUUUAGGGGUCAUUUUAGAAAAUAUUGUAAGUCUAGGAGAAAAAGGGAGACGCUUCCCCAGAGAAGCGAAAGAAAAAGUAAAUAUAGUAAACAGUCAAACUCGAUUAAUAAACUGGACAGUGAAUCUGAGGACCCGGAUUACAUAUUCCAUUUGGACGAUGAUACAACUAUCGUUUGUAAUGUGGGAGGUAUUAUGAUACCUAUGAUAGUUGAUUCGGGCAGUAAAAACAACAUUAUAGAUGAAAUUACCUGGGAAAACUUGAAACAAAGCGGAAUAAGUAUACGGAAACAAGUGAAGGGAACAGACAAACAGUUUAUUUCAUAUGCAAGUAGCAAACCGUUGACAGUAUUAGGAUAUUUCGAAGCAGAAAUCAGAGCUAAUAAUAAAAAAGAAAAUGCUAAGUUUUACGUUAUAAAGAACGGCAAAAACAACCUUUUAGGAAAAAUAACCGCAACCUCAUUGGGUAUUUUGAAAAUCGAAGUGAAUGUAAACUGUGUGACGUCUGCUUUUCCCAAGAUCAGGGGCAUAGUCGUAGAUAUUCCAAUUGACAAGAAUGUGCAACCUGUUGUACAACCGUACAGACGAAUACCGAUACCUUUGGAACAAAAAGUUGACCAUAUAUUGAAAGAUCUACUAGACAAAGACAUAAUUGAGGAAGUUAAUGAGCCCUCGAAAUGGAUAUCACCCAUGGUCCCUGUGCUUAAAGGAAAUGGCGAUGUUCGUAUUUGUAUUGAUAUGCGACGUGCAAAUCAGGCCAUUUCCCGGGAAAAUCAUCCCCUACCAACAAUGGAAACUCUUGUUCCCCAGUUGAGGAGGGCUACCUUAUUUUCGCGACUGGAUAUAAAAAAUGCUUUUCAUCAAGUGGAAAUAUCGGAAUCUUCUCGUUUCAUUACUACUUUCAUCACCAGGAAGGGCCUUUUCAGAUACAAAAGGCUUAUGUUUGGUAUAAAUUGUGCUCCAGAAAUCUUCCAAAAAAUUAUGGAAAAAAUACUGAUCAAUUGCCUUGGCACAAUCAACUUUAUCGAUGACAUAAUUGUAUCUGGGGAAGAUGAGAAUCAACAUGAUGAAAAUUUGAAAAGAACACUAGAUACGCUCAAGAAUCACGACAUACUUCUUAACAAUGAAAAAUGUCAAUUCAAAAUGAGUUCAGUCAAUUUUCUUGGCCACGUUCUUUCAAGGGAGGGCAUCAAACCUUCAAAAACUCAUAUUGAUGCAAUAAGGAACUUUCGCGACCCAAAAACAAUUGAUGAACUGCAGAGUUUCCUAGGAUUGGUUAAUUUUGUUGGUAAAUGGAUUCCGAAUCUGGCAACCAUAACCGAACCCCUGAGAGAACUUCUCCGGUCAAAACUAGGGAAGAAUGCCAAUAUCGAAAAUCAUUGGAAGCGAGAACAAAAAGAAGCGUUUUCCAAAUUGAAAAAUGCUCUUUCUAGUAGAUCUGUUUUGGGCUACUAUGAUCCACAAGACCGAACACAGGUGAUAGCCGAUGCGAGUCCUGUGGGUUUAGGUGCUAUCUUGUUACAGUUCGACAGUAAGGGAGCUAGAGUUAUCUCUUACGCUAACAAAAGUUUGACAGACUGUGAACGGCGUUAUUGUCAAACCGAAAAAGAAGCUCUAGCUCUUGUAUGGGCCGUUGAGCAUUUCAAAAUAUACUUGUUUGGCAAAGAUUAUUUCGAAUUAGUGACUGAUCACAAGCCUCUGGAGGUUAUUUUUGGUCCAAAAUCCAAACCUUGUGCUCGUAUUGAACGAUGGGUUUUGAGGCUACAAUCGUUUAAAUAUAGAAUUGUCUACCGCCCAGGAAAAACAAAUAUAGCAGACCCUCUAUCCCGUUUACUCGUCCAUAAUGAAAAAGACCAGCCCUUUGAAAAAGAAUUCAUCCAUCAUUUAAUUGAGUACACGAAACCUGUAGCUAUCACCAUAAAAGAACUUAAAAAAUAUACAAAAAGUGAUAAAGAAAUAGAAUUGAUUAAAGCAGCUUUAAAGGAAGGUAGUUGGCCAGAAGGGACUGAGAGGUUUAAAAUCUUUGAAAAUGAGCUUUCUUGUUAUUCUGAAAUUUUAUUACGGGGUGAUAAAAUCGUUAUACCAGAAAAACUCCGGAAACGAGUGCUGGAUCUGGCUCAUGAGGGUCAUCCCGGGAUUGUAGCAAUGAAGAAACGACUCAGAAGCAAAGUAUGGUGGCCAAAAAUAGACAAUGAUGCGGAAAAAAUUGUGAAAGAUUGCAAAGAUUGUACCUUAGUUUCUGCACCUAACCCCCCCUGA